AUGGCUGCGUACUUCCAUGGAAAUUCAGAAAUCCAAGGAGGUGGUGAUGGGUUACAAACCCUGAUUCUGAUGAAUCCUGGCUACGUUGGAUACUCUGACACCCAGCCGCAGCAGCAGCCGCAGCCGGGUGGCAACAACUUCGUGUUUCUCAACUCCAACAACUCAGGGAAUUCCCUAAACUUACCCCAUGCGCCACCCUCUCAAACUCAACACUUUGUUGGCAUACCCCUCCAAGCCACCACUUCCACCACCGCCACCUCAUACCAAAACACUCACCCUCCAUCUGUCCAUUCCCAGCAGGAUCUCUCAGCCCUCCACAGCUUCCUCCCUCGAGUUCAGUACAAUCUGUACAACCCGUCUAUGGAUCUCGCAGAGGCGCGUGAUGUUACACGCGCUCAACAAGGACUCUCUUUAACCCUCUCUUCCCAGCAUCCUCCUAGGUUCGGGUCUUUUAGGCCCGAAGGCGAUUCUCCAUCCCAACCCCUUGUGAACACCAAGUCAUCGGUUCGUGGGGACGACAUUAGGGUUUCUAGGGAAUCACCUUCCUCGGUUUCUGGGGUUUCCAACGGCGUAACUGGUAUGCAAAGUAUGCUUUUGAGUUCCAAGUAUUUGAAGGCAGCACAGGAACUUCUAGAAGAAGUUGUCAAUGUCGGUAGUGAAGUAAAGAGUGCUACAGAAUCAGGGAAGUCGACCUUCGGACAAGCCAAGAGUACAGUCGGAGAAUCCUCAGCCGCUGCAAAUAGCAUCGCAGAAACCAGUGGAAAACGCAGUGCUGAACUCACUACAGCAGAGCAACUAGAAAUUCAGAUGAAGAAAGCAAAGCUUGUCAACAUGCUCGAUGAGGUGGAGCAGAGGUACAGACAGUACCACCACCAGAUGCGGGUGGUCAUAUCUAUGUUCGAGCAAGCAGCAGGAAUCGGUUCUGCAAAAACGUACACUGCUCUGGCUUUACAAACAAUCUCAAAGCAAUUCCGGUGCUUAAAAGAUUCUAUAUUAAACCAAAUUCGUUCUGCAAGCAACGCCCUAGGUGAAGAAGAGAAUUUGGGAGGAAAAGUUGAGGGUUCAAGACUCAAAUAUGUCGAUAAUCAGAUUCGACAACAAAAAGCUUUACAGCAAUUGGGAAUGAUCCAGCACAGUGCUUGGAGACCCCAGAGAGGAUUGCCUGAGCGUUCUGUUUCAGUUCUUCGUGCCUGGCUCUUUGAACACUUCCUGCACCCUUAUCCCAAGGAUUCAGAUAAGCUCAUGCUUGCUAAACAGACAGGGCUUACUAGGAGUCAGGUAUCUAAUUGGUUUAUCAAUGCUCGAGUUCGACUCUGGAAACCGAUGGUCGAGGAGAUGUACACAGAAGAGAUGAAGGACCAUGAAAAAAAUGGGUCAGAUGAGAAGACUGGCAAAGGUAGAAAGAACGAAGAAUCAAUAUCAAAAUCUACAGCUGCUCCACAAGAGAAUAGCCCCGGAACCGAAAAACAGAUCAAGAAUUUAAUUGCAAAACAGGACAGCCCCAUUAACCAGAACAUCAUAACUCCAUCAACGACAAUUUCAACUAGUUCCGCAUCUCCAACUGAUGCAAGUUUCAGGAACCAGUCAGUUUUCAACUUAAUUGGAUCAUCAGAAAUCGAAAGCAUUACUCAAGGAAGUAGAAAGAAACCGCGCAGCAGCAUUGUUCCAUCAACAAACAUGGAUUCAAAUUCUACUGAUGCAAACAAUGAUCAAAUGACAAUGGAAUUCAGCAAUGAGAGACAUAGCAGAGAUGGAUUCACAUUAAUGGCUACACCGACAAACUUAAUUGGAGGAUUCGGUUCGUAUCCAAUGGGGGAAAUUGGAAGGUUUGGGACAGAACAGUUCCAGGCUCCAUAUUCAGGAAAUGGUACAGUCUCUCUCACUCUAGGCCUUCCACACUGCGACAACCUCUCCGGUACACAUCAAACUUUCCUGCCAAACCAUAGCAUAAGAGGAGUCGAAAUUGGAGAAUCAAAUGAGUUCAAUGGCAUGAAUACUCCAACAUCUGCUCAUUCGACCAGCAUGUUUGAAAACAUCAACAUUCAAAACCGCAAGAGGUACGCGGAACAAUUGUUUCCAGACUUUGUAACCUGA